UUUUGAAUUGCGAGUCGAUGGUUUGUUUACCAACGAAAUAAAAGAAUUAACGAGAGACUGGCAAAGUAGUGUGACUGUGAUAAUUUCCUACAAUAUUUCAGUUCACAUGUUACAUAAGUGCAUUUUUAAUAGUUCCAUAAUCGUUCUCCUUCAAUGGACAAUGAUGAAAAAAAAGUAUGGAGCACAGAAGAUAUCAGAUCACAUCGUAAUGACUGGAGUUUGGCAGCAGAUGCGGCUUUAUUUGAACACAUUCAGUCAUUAUCUAAGAAUUUCAUCGAACGCACGCAUGCUGUCCUACAAUCUGUAGACUCUCUCAGUAACGACUUGAAUGUUACUGCCACAAGUAUAUCAAAUACCAGCGAUAAAUUUCUCUUCCUUGCUAAUACACAAUUUGUUGAAAACCGGGUCUAUGAUGAUGAAGAUUUAACUCCUUCUGGUUCGAAUACUACUGUGCAGCCCAAGCCAGAAUUGGUUGAAAAAGAAUUAUCGAGCAUUUUUGAAGAUGCGUUUUCUCGUGGAAUAGACUUAGUUGAUGCAAAUUACACUGAGUUUCGGCUACAAGAAAGUGACUCAGAAGAUGAAGAGCUCUCUUCCCCAAGCCGCCUAGUCCCCAAACCAAAGAAUCGCUACUCUGCGCGAUCACUCCCCCAUGUGAUAGGAUCUGCAGAAUUUUUUAAAGACGAUAAAGUUGGCCUCGGCUCACCGUCGGGAAGUAGUGACUCGAGCUCCACCUCAAGUCUUAGCGAAGAUGAAAAUGAAGAUGAAGAAAUUGGUUCGGCUGCACUGAAACCUAACAUUGGUCGAGCCUCUCUAUCCAGUAGAUCUGUUGAAUCGCCCGGGAGUAUGGAGGAAUCAAAAUCCCCCUCACCGGCGGAUGAUAUGUUUGGAAGAUAUGGAGAUAGCCUUAAUUCCUCUGGAAAAUUUCAGCCUAAUGAAGCCAAGCAUUCCAAUCAGCUGAAUCAUGCAGACAUUUCAAACCAAUAUUCCAAACAUCGCAGUGAUAUAAAGAAUAAUGAAUCCCCUGUUCAAGAAGCGGUCCAGCCUUCGAGUAAAGAUCUCUUUAGUCAUCACAUAGGUCCCGCUCCAAGUUUGUUUGCUCCUCCUCCGUUCAAUGCUGAAGAAAGUAGCGAAGAUAGUGAUAAUGAAUCACUUUUUGCGGGCAGGAAACACAAUCGUAACCAUCUCUUUACUGAUGAUGAUGAAGAUGAUGACGACACCCCCGAUCUACAAAACAGAAAGCAAGAAAUUGAUAAUACUGGAAAAGAGCAGAUUUUACAGAGCAGUCAGCCCCAAGAAGUACCUAAAUUAGAUUCAAAUGUUCCCAAGGAGCAAACUCCCAUUAAAAAGCUUCCAGCUGGUGCUGUAAGCAUAUUUGGUAGGAAUAUGAAUCCAUUUCCACCUAAUCCUUCAUUAUUUUCAAGAACUGAAGAGAGCGAUGAAGAUGAAAAUGAACAAACUCCAGAAUCAAGCUCGGAAGAUGGUUUUUCGGUUUCUCAUACAAGUUCAACUGACUUUGGAAAUCCUAAAUUUGAUCCAUCAUCAUCUAAAGUUUCUGCGCCAAUCAAAAAGUCUCUUUUUGACGACGAUGAAGAUGUAGAUAGCAAAGAUUUCAACUCUCACCUUUUUAAACCUGGCACUAUUCCCUCAAGAAAAUCAUCUGAUAGUCCUGGGAAACCCUUCAAUAGUAUAUUCUCUGACGAUACAGAAGAUCUCUUUAGUACGAGCAAAAAUACAACAAAAUCAAAUAGUCAACCUUCAGUUGUGCCUCCAGAUGAGACAAGGAGCCCUUUCAAAGAAUCAGGUAGCGCAAUCAAAUCAGUGAACUCUGCAACCCCUGCAACAGUGGCUGGUGCAAAACAUAGCCCUGAAAGUCCGAAAAAAGGACUGUUUGGAACUGCGAAAUCUGCAUCCAGUGGCCUAUUUGAUUCAGACGAUGACCUAUUCACCUCAUCUGAGAAAGAAUCAGCUUCCAUCGCAAAAAGCCAGGUCUCACAAAAAACAAGUGAUACAAGUAAAAAGAGUCUCUUCGGUGCAAGUGAUACUGUUGAUUUUACAAAAUUGGCAAGUCCUCUCAAAUCGAAUACUCAAAAUUUGAGCAAAAAACCAUUAUCAGAUUUAUUUGAUGACAAUGAAGAUGAUGAUGAUGAUGAUUUUCUAUUCAGCAGUACUAUCAGUAAUAAGAAAUCCAUUUUUACCUCCAGUAAAAACACCCCUGAAGCAACUGUAUUAUCUGCUGCUCUGAAUAGAGGUCCUUCAGAAGAAGACUUGUUUUCCAAAAGUAAUGAGAUUUCAGUCGGAGAUCACCCUCCAGAGCAACAAUUAAGUCAAAAUAUAUUCAAUGAUGACGAAGAAGCAAGUAUAUUCACCAAACCUGCAGUGAGUAAAGUCAAAACUGGUGAGAUAAAGGAGCCUGCUAAAUCGACCUCACCAGCGAAUGUUGCAGGAGAUGAAUCUCCCAACGGAGACAACCUGUUUUCCAGAAAGAACAAAACCUCUAUUAUAGAUCACCCCAAGAAGGAAAAAUCAAGUGCCAAUAUUUUUGAUGAUGAUGAAGAAUCAGGUAUUUUUGACAAAUCCAUUUUGAGCAAAGUCGAGAUAAAUGAGUCAAAGGAGCCUCCUAAAUUAACAUCAGCGGUGAAUAUUUCAGAUGAUAAAGAUCUCAGGAAAGAUGACCUCUUUUCUGAAAGCAGUAAAAUCUCCAACAGGAAUGUUCUUCCCAAGAAAAGUUCAGGGCUAAGCCUUUUUGAUGAUGAGGACGAAUCCAGUGUAUUCGCUGAGUCAAUUACGACUAAAAUUAAUUCUAGCUCUGACAAUCCUAAUUUGGAUGAUCAAAGUAAAACUGCUUGUACUGUGAUGGGAUCAACCUCGCCCAAAGUGCUCCCUACUGAAUCGAGUGUUAAAAAACAAAGCAUAUUUGAUGAUGAUAAUGAUAGACCAAAGAAAGAAACUUUGUCUGAAGUAGCAUCUGAUGUUACUUCGCCCAAAGGUGAAGACACUAUAGCAAAAGAGGCUCCCUUUGAGAGCAACUCCGGUGAUACAAAAAGAAAACCAGAAAAAUCUCCAAAACCCAGUGCUAGUGCCUUAUCAGAGAUCGAUAAACUUAAAAGGAGGUUAAUGACAACCAAAAGUGAUGAUUUUUCCAGUGACGACAGCUCUCCAAACCCUAAGCCAAAAACUGUCAAUCCAGGAAAACUAGCGCCAAAUCGAGGUCAUAAUAUUAACAUAGCGGCAUUGAUGCCAGGCUACAAACGCCCUAAUCUUCAAAAGAGUGAAGUCGUGGAAGUAUCGGGUGAAACUUUGUCUAACAGUGAAUCAGCGCCAGCACUUGCCAAUAUAUCUAGUCAGCAGCCAGCAAAAUCACUCACUGUCAGUGGACAAGUCCCCAAGUCCACCUCUCUUCCAGUAUCUUUUUCAAACAACGAUAUUUUGUCAUCUGAUGAGCCCUCUGAUUUCAGUUUUCCUGCAGAAGCCUCUGGUUAUUCACAUUUCUUAGCAAACGAUGCCAUGAAGAAAAGGGCAAAAAUCAGUGUGAAACGUCGGCCACCCAGUCAGAAAGCUCGACAAGAGGCAGCUAAAGCACCUGUAAUUCUAGAUACAACAAAUGGCAGUCCCCCGCCAAGAGAAUCAUCAAGGCCACCAGAGGAUGUACUUGAGAAAUCUGUGACUACAGAGGAAAACAAUGCUAGGCUCACCAAAAAUACUGCUUUAUCUGAUGAUUUGUUCAGUAAUCGUGGAGAUGGAUCCAAUGAUUCUGUUUCUCAUAGCAUUAGAUCAACUUCACCUAGGAACAAUCCUCCCUUCUUGGAGGAAAAUACAGUUUCAAAAUCUGUUUCAUCCCUUUUUGAAGAUAGUUCUCCCCUUCAAUCGGGUGAAGAGGAACCAAAAACCAAGUCACCAGCUACCUUUAGAAGAGAAGAAUCAGAUCGACUAAAAUCAGUUUCAUCCAUUUUUGACCCAACGCCUCCUCCGUUUGAACCAGAUGAUUUAUUCAGUGAAAAACCGUCUGACCAAUCAGUGAAAAACUCAGUUUCAGAAUCCCCGUCCACUCAACAGAGUCACUUGUUUUCAAAGAGGACUGCAUCCCUCUUUGAUGAUAGCUCGCCCUCCUCAGAAAGUCAAAGCGAUGACUUAUUUGGUCCUUUGCCUGUUCAAAAAUCGAAGCCCAAACAAGAGAUAAGUGCUCCUGAUCUUGCAAAGUCAGAUGAAGUAUCCUCUCACAUUCCUAUUGUUGAUAACAAACCAAAAGUGCCUGCCGUAUCUAAGUCGUUUGAAAUUGAAUCAGAUGAUCUCUUUAGCCCUUCAACUGCCAAAAUGUCUGUCCUCGAUUCAGAUAGUAAAUCCAGAGAGGUGCCCUUGGUUUCAAACAUUUUUGAUGAUAGACCUCCACCUUUCAAACCAGAUAGCAUGUUUGAUGAAGAUCUCUCAUCUUCUGCUGUUGAUGAGCUAGUGUCAGAUUUCUCAGCUUCUGUGAUCCCUCCGCAAUCUGUUUCCUCCAUUUUCAGAGAAACCCCUCCUCUCUUCGAACCUGAGUCUGAGAGCCCAGUCAAAAAACUGAGCCAAGGGCAAAUGACAGGUUUAAUCGAGGAAACAACAUCAUCCAAUGAAGCACAACUAACGAAUGAAGAUGCUAAAGCAAUCUCUAAUUCAGAGAAUAAGAAUCAGGCUGUCCACACAAGCCCAGCCAACAUAAUCACACACCUUGCCCCAGAACUUGGAGAUGAGGCUCCAUCUGGCUCCAUGAAGUCAGAGAAAUCAAUUGAAAUUGCUCCAGAGAGCUCUCACACAGUGUCUGACGCAGGUUCUCCUUUUUAUUCGUCUGGUGAAAAGAAAGGAACAGAUACCUCUCUUGCGGACAGUUCAACAAGCGCGCUUGAAUCCUCUUUGUUCAAUUCACCCACAAAUGAAGAUGAUUUAUUCUCCAAUCCAAGUGUUAGGCAAAAAGCACCAGAAUUAAAAGCUGUUGCCAGAGUCCCAUCAGAAACAGAGAGCAAAGGAAAAAAUGAAGAAUCACUUCUCCAUAAGCAUGAUGAGGCAACAAGUACACGGAAAGAUGUAUUAACUGCUGGAUCAAAAACAGGGAAGGCCUCUGACGUAAAAAAAUCUUCUCUUACAUCCGAAAACCCUCUACUCGAUAAUUUGUCUGAUGAAGAUCUUUUUGGUUCAUAUAGCACAAAACCGGUCGUUUCAGCAUUUAACAAAUUCAGACCCGGCAACUCAAAGCCUGUUUCUUCUAUCAUACCAAACGAGGUAAAUUUCAAUGACUCAAAAAGUGAAACAAAGACGGAAGAUAACUUGUUUUUUGAAACAGACAACAUUGAAAAAUUAUUCCCAAAAGUGAAAAUCGGUCCCAAAAAAUUACCUCGUGUUGAUCCGUUGUCUGAAGACUUUGGAGACAGCGAUGAAGAGGAUAUAUUCGACAAUUCCUCCUUGAGCCCAGUUGGAGAGGGAAACCGAAAACCGGAAGAGUCAAGUAAUAGUGAUGGCCCCAGUUUCAAGCCUGCCGAAAGUAUGGACGAUAGUUCAAUGAUAGAGGAAUCUUUCAAAACAGCCCCAUCUAUCCAUAGUGAUCUUGAUAAAUCCAGUGAUUUAGUGUCACCAGGAGAAACUAAUAGUCACCCAGUUAAGGCAGAAGAUAAUACUGCUUCACCAACAGUUGAAAAACAAGAUGAUACAAAGCCUGUGGGACAUGCCACCUCAUUAGAAGAUGAAAAUCUCUCUAAAGAAAGCUCUUCAUUAUUUGAUGAUGAUGAUGAUAGGAACGAUUUAUUCAAAAUUGUCUCUCAGCCCAAAUUACGAAGCUCUGUGGCCCCCGAGACUGUCAUUGGUAAAGUUUCGAAGUCAGGGCUUUCUUUAUUUGGGGAUGAAGAAGAAGAUGAUGAUACUUUAUUUGGAGUACCAUCGAAGCUCUCGACAAAAAAUCCUGUAAUUUCCAGUUCAAAUUCGUUGAAUAAAACAAAUCCUUCGCCCAGAGGCAGUUUUCCAGGCAGAACUUCUCUAACAAGCGGCUUGAAAAGAGGAAGUCCAAGCUCAGAAACAGCAAAAUCGCAGACAUUGUUCCUUGAUGAAGAAGAAGAUGAAGAUCUAUUCAGCUCUGGGAAAGUGAAACCGUCUAAAGUUAAAACUGUUGAGCCGUCGAAGAAGAAAGUGUCCCUUCCAAAAGUAAAUGCUUCCAGUAUUUUCGGAGAUGAUGAGGACUCUGAUACAGAACUUUUUGCCGCCAGUUUGAAGAAAAAGUAAUUUAAUCAACGAAAGUAAUAAUUUAGUGAAGAGUAUUAUUGUCGAGUAUUUUAUAGCUCUUUUGCAUCUCUGUAAAAGACAGGUAGCGAUACGUUUCUUUGCCGCAGGUCUUGCAUUUUAGUAAAGUGAAGAUCUUUUCAUUAGAAGCCAGGGCAAUUGGACGUAUUUCUAUCUAUCAAACAGAACUAUGUGCAGGUGGGGAAGAUGGGGUGUGCUUGUAAGUUGAGGGCCGUAAGAAUAAAUGGGAAUUAUUAAGUGCCAGUGACGUCUACGGCGACAAUGAAGCCGGAGAGUGACGAUCCGAGGCAUCAACUCAUGAACCCCGUCUACAGUGCUCUGGAGACAUGCCCACGGCUCAUGAGUCCCGCAUACAGCUUUUGCUGAAUCGGAAAAGCGGGAUUUUACAUUCUGCCAAACGGUAUUAUGUGCCAACUUUAUGCGGGACUAGUGAGCCGUGGACAGGUGUCUAGAACGUUGCGGACAGGGCUCAUAAGUUAAUGCCUCGGAUCGUGGUUCUUCAGCUCGGUCGUCGCUGCUGACGUCACUGGCGCUUUAAGAUCCCCAUUCAUUUUUACGGCCCUCAACAAACGAGCAUACCCCAUCUUCCCCACCUGCACAUAGUUCUGUUUGGUAGAAAUACGUCCAAUUAAGCUCUAAAAGUUUGAGCAAAUGAGCAGGAAGCCUAUUAUUUAAAUUUUUUUGUUCGCCAACAAGGCGCAACAUGAUCAAUUCAAAAUGCAGUGUUCUCAUCGGUCAAUCGGACCGAAUACGAGAACAAUGAAGUGAUUGAAUGAAAGAUGCUGCUACUCUAUUUUGAGUCAGUCAUAUACCCUAUCAACUAAGACGAAACUUCUCCUGACUUCUAGUUUGAAAACGCACAAGGCAUUCAGCCAUUUUUGAAAUCAAAGUGUGCGAGUUUUAUUUUAGUAUCAUCUUAGCAUUGUAUUUCAAGCCAAAAAUUGGUUAUUGUUUACAUGUUAAGUCAUUGUAUGAAACCGCUUAUGAACCGUGAUAUGGCACAUUUACUCCAUUUUAGUUUAAGUAGAAACGGAAAUAUAGAGUCCUCGCCAAAUAAGUCCAAGUACUUUUAGGGAGUGGCAAAAGAGCUGCUCUUUUGGUUCUUGUAUUUUCUUUCAAUGCAAAAUUGAAGGCAGCUGAUCUUCGUUCGCGUUCUGCAAGUACAUUAACUUAUUUUGCUAGACCCUAUUUUCCGUAGCUUUAUGUUCUCAAAUGACCAUAACUGUACCUUCAAAAAAUGUUUAUUUUUUUAUAAUAUGAGGUUUCCCCCCCUCAAAUAGUUUUUAAUACAGUCAUCUUCUUGAACCUGAACUCUUUCAAAAAUAUCUUGAACACAAUACAUAUGUACCUUGCGAAAAUUUCAAAGCUUUAAAAUAAAUAGCCACUGCACCAAUCUUUUAGCACAUUUUUGCUGCUUAUUGUUGAGAGUCAGGGUAAUGCUAUCGAUUGAGUUUUCCAAUGUUUUUGAAAACUUAAAAUUCUGCAACAAAUCGAAACACUUUUGCUCCUUUUUAUUUUGAAAGCUCUUUGACGAUAACAAUUGGUGCUUUUAAUCUUGUAGAUACAUUCUUAAUAUCUGGCUGCUGAUUUCCUUUGAAAUCGCGUAUAUUUGUCUGCCAAGAGAAUAUGGACUUUAAUGAGGUAGGGCAUUGACCCGCAAUAUUUGAUUUUGUAAAUUUUUUUAUCAUGUGUUGUUUAAAAUUCGACUCUCAAAGUGAGUUUAAGAAUUAUUGUGCUUAUCAACAAUAUGCUUGUUUUUCUAGAUUCAUUGUUAUGUACAUAUACACCUGUUGAAAUUGUUUUUAUUAGAUUUGUAUCAGUGCUAGGUUUUUAAUCAUGUUUCAAAGUGCAUUUGGGAUGCGAAGUCAGGGUUUUUCUUUUUAUUAUGAGCUGAAGUAAAAGGAAUGAAGGGGGGGGGGAUCAUCACACACAUAGUCCUAAAAAUUUAAUGAAAGAAAUUAGUACAAUGAUAUUGAAUGUUUCAACAUGAAUGCAUUUAAUUUUUCAUUUGUUAGAACUUUCAUGAAUUCUUGGAAGAUCAAGAAGUCAGAAUCUUGGCAUAUACACUGUAGAUUAACUUCGUAAUUUUAUCAUUUUUUUGUUUGAAAUUUACCUGUCAGAGUUAUCAUGUUUCUAAAUUUUGUUUAAAAAAAAACCUAUUUCAAUCUUUGUUUAUAA